AUGCUCAAUGACAUUACCGAUGGGGCAGCGAUGGCAUCGAUAUCCGCACCCCCAGUACCACCACCACUGCCGCCAGCAUCGACAACAACGACAGUCCAUUUCCCCCGUCGCCAAUGGGUCACCUUUGAUGCUGAAUGGAAACUGACUCUGACCGCCACGGCCGAGCUCGCUUGGGAUACAUUGGGAGGCAUUCCAGGGUCUUACAACCCUGGUGUUUUCCGCAGCAAAGUAGUUACUGCGGCUCGCGUUGCCGAGCUUGUUCGAGCUGGUCGGCUGUGGAUUGGCAGUGACGGGCGCAGUGUCGACCUGACUGUACGCCCCAUGCUGGAGGGGAAGCGUAUGAGCAAUGGAGGCACUCAGGGCGACGGCGAAGACGAUGACAACGACUGCCUUUGCGAGCUGUUCCGCGAGACCAUUAUGGAGUGGCCCGUGUGGAAGGACCGGCUGGGACUGCGUGUUCGAAGCAGGAGCGCCGAGACGGGGUCUCGUGAAGGUCCAACUCUCCUUUAUUUGACUGUUACCCAUCCAUCGUCGCCCGGAGGACUGUUUGCACCAAGCCAAGCCGGUAGCGGUAUCCCACUGGCCCGACUACUGCGUGUGACGUGCCAGCUGGGUCUCCGAUAUUCUGCAGAAGGAUUUAAGCUCCCGCGAGCGACGGUGGCGACGAAGCGGGCUACAAGUAAGGCGCAAGCGGCAAGAAGAUCCAAGCCAAAGCCAAAGUCGAAAAGGGCAAACCGGCCGUUCAGAUCCGAGGAGAAGCCACCACCCGCCCGCAAAAACCCACGACCCCGUCCGCGUGAAGCCGCACGGCGGCAAAGGCAGCAGCAGGUCAUUGAUCCGCGGGACGUGCUGGUGGUUGGCAGUGCCGCGUGGCGUCAGUCUGUCUCUCUCAUUACAACGGCGCUUCAUGUGCUCGUGGGCACGGCAGGAAAGGCACCACCGGUGCCAGGUAUCCGGCCCGUGGAUGCCAUUUCCGCACCACACGGUGCUCCGUCACUGCUGGAUGUGGCACCGGCUGUAUGGAGCAACCACUACUUUACGGCCGUGUCGUCACGCGCAGUCUACGUGCCUUUGAUUCACAGAUGCUUGGCCAGCUUCACCAAUGCGCAGUCUGCCAGUUUGCGGAGAAAGGCCGAAGCGCUGGCCGAGAGUGACGACGUUGACGAGUUCGUCCAAGCCAACACAGAAGAGGGACCGCUCAUGAGGAAGCUAGAAGAGAUCUUGCUCAAGAUUGUGAUGCAAUUGCGACUUCGACCAAAGAAGUCACCGAACCGAAGGCCAGACUUACACGAACAAACCAAUCUGUCGCGGCACGUGUCGACGACGUGGGCAUCCAGGGCAUUAAAAAGACCCGGUCACCCUUCGUACCUACCAAUAGCACCUGGACCAAGUCAUUUAUCGCCAGCAAAAUUGCAGUCUUCUCCGACUAUUGAGCGUCUAGACUUUGAGCCGGACGAGGAUCAAGUGGUUGAUUUGAGUCACGACAACUUGGAGGCCAUCUUUACCCAAUCAUCGGCUGCCGACGGUAGCUCUCAAGAGCAACCACUGGAGUUGGAGGUGUAUGCAGAAGCUAAUGAUGACGACGUCGAAAUCGAAGCACAAGCGCUAGACUGGCAAGACAUCGAAGCCUGGUCCGAGCCAAACAUGUACCAGGCCAACGAAUACAUGGACGACGAAGACAGUCUUUUUGACGAGAUCAGCGAGGGUUGGUCGCCAGACGGCCAAGUCUACGAGGAGAAUGAGGUACUGGAUGAAGAUCAAGAAUAUGAAGACGGCCUUAAUGGUACUCUUUCCGACGAGGUGGAAAGCGGCCACGCGUUAUGGCAGGACAUGCAGGCAUGGCAGCUUGACAGGUUGGGGGACUUUGAGAACGAGAGUUGGCCUAUGCAUCACGAUAUGGGCUAUAUGGACGACGACGAAAUUGAGUUUAUGGACAUUGCUGAAGAGGAUCUCGAUGAAGGUGUGGGACUCUGGCGAGAUGACAGUGGCGUCAUUAAAGGUUGCCUUUGA